AAAAUUCCCCCACAUGAAGAAUACUACCUUUGAAACGAAACAGUGAUGAUUUCCAUGCAAACCAAUCCAACUUUAUCUUCGAGUGAGGGACCCUUUGAGAAAUCCAAAGCACGGCCUGAAUAAUUCAGUCCCUCACCACCCAAUUAACAAUGAGCGGCCAAAAAGAUCUACCCCGGAAUAUUGUAAAUCCCUAAGAAGGAUUUCCCUAGGUUUUGUCUCCCCUAUGCUUUGUUUCAUUUCCAUGCUUCCAUGCCUUGUCUCCCUCUCCUAACAAGCCAAAGCCAAAGCCAAAGCCAAACACAUUCAUUCAUUCUUUGGGAUUCCCCUGCUAUGUCUCUCAUGUAUAUAUAUAUAUAUAUAUGUGAGGUUGAUAAUAAUAAUAAUACUAACAAUAAUAAUAUAAAGCACAAAUCACGAGUUAUAAAACACAAUUCGCUUUGUGGUGUUGUUGAUAGAUAUUAUGGAGAUGCAGAUGCAGGCAGUGACUACACCACAAGACAGCAUGGGUGGUGGUAGUAGGGAAGAGGGAAAAAGGAAGACCAAGUGGCACGGAUCAGUUGGUGGGCUUGUGUGUGCGCCUAGAGAGCAAGUGUGGACAGUAGUGUCGCAGAGCUCGAGACUAUGUGAUUGGAUGCCAAUGGUGGAGAAUUGUACUAGACUUAGUGGAGAAGAAGGGGUGGCCGGCUAUGUCCGCCUAGUCUCUGGGUUCAUGUUCCCUCAAGAUGAUGGGGACCGGUCAUGGAUCAAGGAGAGGCUGCUUCUCAUGGAUCCUGCCUCAUUUAGCUAUAUUUACAGGAUGGAAGCCAGCAACGUGGGAUUGGAUGGCUCAGUAAAUUCCCUGCAGCUCAUUGAUUACGGGGACGAGUCCACACUCGUCAAAUGGUCAUUUGAGAAUGAUGCAGUUGAAGGAGCAUCCGAGGAGACCUUUAUAGACUAUUUGGGUUUUCUUUAUAAGUCCUGCAUCAAUAGGAUUGAAGGGGCCGGGCCAUCUUCUUAAAUUUAAAGAAAGAGCAACAGCUCUCAAACCACUAAUUUUUAGUUUAUCCACAAGUCCCAAUCAACC